UUGGUUGAGGGAGAGAGAGAGAGAGAGAGAGCGAGAGGCCAAAUGGGCGACGGCAGAGGAUAGAAGAGAGAGAGCGUGAGAGAGAGAGAGAAGAUAUCUGGAGAAAGGCGUCUUCUCGGCGAGGGGUUUCCGUUUGGGGAGUCGGAGAUUCUUCGGGUUCUCGCUGGGACGUGGAAGUGGUCGAACCCAAGGGUGUUUUUUCCGGUGGGCCGUUUUUCGGUGUUCUGGGUGGAAUUAUGCACCGAGAUCGGGCGGAGAUCGGAGGUGGUCGAGGGUCGCAGUUAGAUGAGUAGGAAGGUCAUCGACGUGGUGGGUCAUGGACAGGAAUAGGGAGGUUAGAAGAGGACAGCCGAUGGCGAACGGGUUGUCGCGGAGGCGGCCGCAGCGGACCGGCGGUAGCGGGAUGAGGGACUCGCCUGAGGAGGCAGUGGCUGGGGAGAUGCAAGAAACGGCAGCAGUGCGGCUGAGGGAUCGGAAGAAGGAUCGGUUGAGUCGGAGCAAGAGGCGGAGAGGGGAAAGGUUGCAUGGUAACAGGGAGGAGGGAGGGGAGGAGAGCUCUGAAGAGAGUGUGGAUGUUGAGGAAGAGGACGAUGACGAGGACGAGGACUCGUCGGCGGCGGACCACCGAAGAAGUAUCCCACCUCCUGCGGCUAAGAUCGUAAAGCCGCCGUGGAAGGUCCCCGACGAGAUGAUUGGAGUUCCAGUGCCGAGGAAGGCUCGGUCUGCUUCUGUGAAAAGAUCACAUGAGAGCUCGGGUUCAGGGGGUGGAGGAGGAGGAGAACAGAUUCCCACCCUGCGACAGUGUUCCACUUCUCCGGCAACUCCUAGUGCGGCUUCCGUUUCGCCACCAUCCAACGCGCCAAUCCGUCGGAGAGUGAAGCCGAUUGGAGCGAAACAGCGGCCUGCCAAGGUGCCAAAAGUUUCGAUCCAGGAGGAGAUCGAGAUCGAGGUUGCGGAGGUCCUGUUCGGAUUGAGGCAAUACCCGGCCCCGGCUGUGAAUCCCGAAUUGGCAGGCAAUCCUUCGUCCCUAAAAAUGGAGGACAGGGAGGAAGAAUCCCCGGCUUUGUUGGGGAAGCCCCGAGCUUCGUCCCCUAUCUCCCCUCAGCAAUCAGUCGGUGUGCAGCCGAAGGUCUCGAGCUCGAUGGCCGCGGGUUCGCCUUCUGCGGGUCUGCCUAGUGCUCCGAAAAGGAAACGGCCUCGGCCGGUGAAAUCGGAGGAAGAAAAAGCCGGAGUUGGAAGUGGCGCGGUUUCGACAGUUCUGGCUUCCUUCGUUGUCAAGGAUGAGGCAGAAAAGAUGGAGGUCUCUUCGCCCAGGGGCGACAAAAAUAGCUUUGCUGUGGUUCCGAAUGGGGUGGAUGGAGCGAGAUCCAUCAAGCUUGAGACCAAUCAGGAAGCAAAGAAAGCUCACCUCAUCCCUGACGAGAAGCCUUCAUCCGCGGAGGGACCGGCUGAAGAGAAGGUUGUUCUAGACGUAAUUUGUUGCGAGAAGUCCGAGCCGCAGGUCGAGACCACUGGUUCGGUGAAGCCCGACGUUAGUCUUGAAGAUGCCACAAAAGGGGUUUCUUCUUGUCUCAGCACAUGCGAUAGUCAGAAGGAGGAGAAGUUCAAGUUUGAUCUCAUGGCUCCCCCUGCAAGGUCUAUGGUGGACGGGGAUAUAAAUGGUGAUUCAACUUCGGAAAUCCAGGCCCUGAAUGUGAAAGAGGAAAUCAGCGUGGUUGAAUUGAAGGAGAAAGCGGGAGAGAAGGUGGAGCAAGACGUCCCUCCAAACGAUUCUGAACCAGAGAAGCGAGCUGAGAUAUGUGGAGCGGGCGAGCAGGCAAAGCAAAAUAAAGAUCGAAUUUUCGAUCUGCGUAUGGAUGAGGAAAAAUCAGACCGAGAAGGCGGUAAACAGCAAGGGCAUAAACAUUCGAAGGUCGCUAGGGUUGAUAUGAAGGCACCGGAAGUGCCUGCUCAGUGGGAGAAAUCUGCUCCACAUAGUUCUAGCACUGCACCAGCGAUGGCAGGACCUUCGCCUAUGCCGCAUAUGACGAUUGCUGGCUGGCCGGGCGGACUUCCUCCACUCGGGUAUAUAGGUCAAGCCCCAGCAAGUUGGCCUGGAGCUCCACCCGUUCAAGCAGUGGUAUCUAUGGAGGGCAACACAGGAGCGCCAACGCUUCAGCCGCACAUCCUCUUGCCUCAUCAACGAUACAAACGUUGUGCCACGCACUGCUACAUUGCAAAGAUGGUUAAUUAUCUCCAGCAUGUAGCUCGUAUGAAUCCAUUUUGGGCUGCGGCAAGCAAUGCGUCUCUAUUUGGAGCUAAACCUUACAACCUCAACGCAAUGCCGUCAACAGAAGGGAUGAUACUUGGUGGCCCCUUACCAGGAGCAUUUCCUGCUGCCAACUUCACGGCUUCUGGAAGGACCGGAGGCCCAACACAUGAAAAGGGUAAUGGAAGUGCUGCUACUUUUGGUGGCCAAGUACCUAAGGAGAAGGCUACGGCCCAGAUUGCAGAUGGCCAGCGAAAGCAGCAAACAACCGUCCAGCAACCACCUCUUACACCGUCUGCGACUAACAUACCGCAUGGCCCUGCCAUAAUCUUCCCACUGAAUCAGGUGGCAGCAGCGGUCAGACCUGGGGGAUCAAAAGCCCCUGUCACUGGGCACGCUGCUGGUCCAUCGGCAGCUCAAGUUGGUGGUGUCAUGGGUAGCUCUGGAGCAGCUGCUACUGUGAGCUACAACUAUCCAAACUUGCCCACCAACGAAGCUCAGUACAUAGCAAUGGUACAGAGCAGUGGCUAUCCUUUCCAGAUUCCUGCCCAUGUUGGAGCUGCUGCAGCAGCUUCAGCUUAUAGAGGCAGCUCUGCACAUCUAGGCCAGGCAACUGCUGCACCACCUCCACAAUUUUUCACUGGAUCCUUUUAUGCAUCACAAAUGCUUCAUCCUUCUCAAAUACAGCAAACUCAAUCUCAGGCUCUUCAACAGGGGCAGCAGAAUCCAAGCACUUCUAGUGGUUCGUCUUCAUCUCAUAAGCACCCUCAGCAGCAGCGUUUGCAAGGUUGUGGUGGCAGCAAUUCGAAUAACUACAAACAGCAGCAGCAGUUACAACAAGAAUCGCAGCAGCAGACUCCACAAAGAACGCGCCAAUCUCCAGCGAACUCUGUUCACCCUAAUCACCACUUAAAUGCCUCGCAUCCACGCCAAAGUGAAGCUGGACAUCCUGCCGAAAGUGAUAGCCCCUCUGCUGCAGACAGCAAAGUCUCCCCUAAUUUCCUUACCCAAACCAAUCAUCACCCAACCCUCAGUUCGAGCUAUGGCAUCAGCCCUCUUCCCGUUCCCAUCCAUCAUGCUCAAAACUUUUCAAUUAUGUCCUCCUUGGGCAGUGCCAAGAACGGUGAGAAGCCGCACCUUCAGCCUCAGAGUUCGGAUUCACAUCCUCAGUAUGGUUUAAAAGGCAUGGAGUUGGUGCCAUCUCAGGCUUUUGCCAUGUCUUUUCCUCCAGGCAUUGACUUCUCGAUGGCUCAAGGUCAUCAUGCUAUAUUUCAGAAUCUACCGGAGCAUUAUAGACAGAGUUACCAGCUUGCAGCUGCCCAGGCUGUUGCAGCAGCAGCUUCUGCUCAUCAACAGCAUGUGCAGCGCACCAGUAAGCAAAAGAUCGGGAACGACAGCAAGAACGCUGGUGACCAUAAUAUUGGUGGUGCUGUUAGUCAAGAAGAAAGGACAGCGGGUGGUGCAAAGGCUACUCCAUCUGUUGCUUCCCAAACACUCACAUUUUCACGGCAGCCAGAGAAUAACAAUGAGAAUGCCUCUAUCUCCAUCUUGAGUUCCUCUUCUCCACAUGUUUCUAGCCCUGCCAUUCUUGAAAAUCAAUCCCGCAGCCUCAAUCUUGUUUCAGCUCCUGCUAAUGGAACCCGGGUGUCCUGCCCUGCUUCUAUUAGUAGUACCAAUAUCCAGCAGUCACAGCAGCAGACGCAGCUCAUGGCCCGUUCAAAAUCGUCUACUAGCAAUGCCAGCGUUCCAACUGUUUCCCUACCGACUGCUACAGCCAUAUCUUACACUGACCGUCUUCCUGUAAACAUGUUUCCUGGGGGUCUAUCUGCUUUUCCACAAGCUCUUAUGCAAGGGACUACUCCCCAAGCAUCGCCUCAGUGGAAAUCUGCUACAGCAGCAGUGCCUAGCACAAGAACAAUGGGAUCUGCAUCUGCGUCGUCACCAACAAAGCAACCUAAAGGUCCUGUUACUGGGCCCGGUGGAUCUCCUGCACACUCACAGAUAUCCUUUGCUAGUACUGGCGUCAAUGCAAAGGUAACUGCAAUGCCAAUGGGGGGACAUAUGCCUCACGGCUUGCCAAAUUCUUCGUUGAGUAGCAGUGUCUCUAAUGCUGCUCCAGUCAGGCUGAAUUCAUCCACUCCCAUUAUUGGAUCACCUCCGCAGUCCGUUGCAAAGACCAGUGGGAGCCCGUCUACUAGAACUGCCCCAGCCACUAAAGGAGGGGUUUUGCCUGCACCAGUGCCAGCUGCUUCACAGCCACCAAAGAAUUCACAUACAAGCUCUACUAGAAAGUCUUCUCCUCCUCUUGGUGGUCGAAACAAUUUGCCUGCAAUUUUGGGGCAUCCACAGUUGGUGCAGAGUUCGUCGCCUAAGCAGUCGCAACAGCAGCAGCAGCCUGUCCAGUCAUUAAACUUGAAAAGCCAGCAGCAGUCUCACCAGCAACUUAAUAAGGCGCAGUAUCAGCCCGCUCAGAUGUUCUUUAGCAAGAACUACCUUGCACCACAGUCUUCUCAGGCCUCUCAACUUGCUGCUGCUGGGUACUACCCAAAACCAUCUUCUUCGGUGCAGCCAUCCAUCUCUAACCUGCCUCAAAGAAGACCGUCAUCGGAGCAAUCACAGAACUCACCGUCAGUGUCUUCAAAUUCUGCAGCCACAGGAGCACUCUCUCUAGGCGGAUCCAGUCUCUCUCUUACUACCUCUGCUUCUGAAUCGUUAAAGUCUGGUUGUGCCAGUAAUGCUACCGCUAGGGGGGCAGUGUGGGUGUCCUGCACACACACCAGUUCACCACUCCCUUGAGCACAGCUUCAAAUCCGGCUAACAACCCAACUGCAGCAUCUGUAGUGGCUGCUGCCUUCCCUUAUCUUCACGCAGUGUCCACAGUGCCCAUGAAAUCUGCAGAGCAUAGCUCAGCAGGAUCCAAACAGAAGCAAGAAAAGAUCCAAUGAGUGGUUUGCAAUUUUCAACUUUGGCAGAAUGCAGAUGAGGAGGUGCUCGUGCAGACUUGGCAGCCUGAGGAUGACGGUUGGAAGCAACUAAGAAUUGGGUGAUUUUGUUGUUGAUGGUCAUUAUAUUCUUGCGCCCAAAAUCAGGGAGAACUGGAGCUUCUGUUACCUCCAUCAUCACUAUCUAAAGGAUAAAUUACUGCUAGUCAAGGGAAUGUUGAAGAUUCGAUGGAGAGGGCGAAGAAAGCUUUAGCUGGCGCCAUGUAUACAUCUGUUCAUGAUUGUGGUCCUUGAUGUCGCAAUGAUCUCCAAGUGGACUCUCUUUGGCAGCAUGACGAUUGUAGAUGGUGUAAUCCGUCGGCCAUGUCGAGGGAGAGUAGGGGGUUUGCACUGACCAUGUGCUUCACAUAGCUACAGCGAAACAGGAAAAACUCCUUCUGGUUGUUACACAGUUUUGUCUUUUCUUUUUUCACCUCCCAGUAAAUUGAAGCUUACCACUCUUCGGUUC